GUCCACUACUGCAUAAAUGUUCAUCCUUCUAAAGUAACUGUCCAUCCCUCGCGUUAAUCUCAGGUAGCUCCAUAUUUCUCUCUCUAACUUCGCGUCCGGACUAAUUUUUCAGGAGUCAAAAGCAAGAAAGAGAAAUGGGGUUGACAUUCACGAAGUUGUUCAGCCGGCUUUUUGCCAAGAAGGAGAUGCGGAUUCUGAUGGUUGGUCUUGAUGCAGCUGGUAAGACCACCAUCCUGUACAAACUCAAGCUUGGAGAGAUAGUCACUACAAUUCCCACCAUUGGUUUCAAUGUGGAAACUGUUGAGUACAAGAACAUCAGCUUUACUGUUUGGGAUGUUGGGGGUCAGGACAAGAUCCGUCCAUUGUGGAGGCACUACUUCCAAAACACACAGGGUCUCAUAUUUGUGGUGGAUAGCAAUGACAGAGACCGUGUGGUGGAGGCAAGAGAUGAAUUACAUAGGAUGUUGAAUGAGGACGAGCUAAGAGAUGCAGUAUUACUUGUAUUUGCCAACAAACAAGAUCUUCCUAAUGCAAUGAAUGCCGCUGAAAUAACUGAUAAGCUAGGCCUGCACUCGUUGAGGCAGCGUCACUGGUACAUCCAGAGCACCUGUGCUACCUCUGGAGAGGGGCUUUACGAGGGGCUUGAUUGGCUCUCUAACAACAUUGCUAACAAGGCAUAAAACUUCAUGCAGUUAGUUAUGCUGAGUUGAUGAUGGGUGGAGGCGGUUCUUAUCUAGUCUUAUAUCUCUAUUCUGUGUGGUUAUGGAUUUUUCUCUUUUCAAGUCUUUCUUCGUCUAGGACCUUUAUAAUGGUUGGCUGUAUGAUGCACUGGUUUGUUUUGUAUGAUCACAAAUGUUUGUGUAGAUUUGAAUAUAAUGCUGUUAAACCAAGCAUAUGAAUUGAUCGAAGAUCACCCAUUUUGAUGGUUAAUAUUUUCGUGCUCAUUUAUUU